AUGACCAGCUUGUUCUUCUCCACUGUGGAGGUCACAAAACAAGUUUUCUAUAGAACCAGACUCACAUAUGCCAUCGUCAACUUGAAGCCUCUCGUUCCAGGUCAUGUCCUGGUGAUCCCGACUCGCCCCGUGCUACGCGUCCUAGACCUCACUCCUCCAGAGCUGUCUUCCCUUAUGGCGUCUGUUCAGCAUAUAGGGCGCGUGAUCGAGCGCGUGUACGGCGCAGAUGGCUUGACUAUCGCAUGUCAGGAUGGCAAAGCUGCGGGACAGACCGUGCCGCACGUCCACUUCCACCUUCUCCCGCGCAAGCUCAAGGGCGAUCGAUUCACCAACAACGACGAUAUCUACCCUGCACUCGAACGGGCCGAAGGUAGGCUUCCAGGAGAGCUCAAGUCGAUGAGCCAGCGGCGUAAUUCAGUAGAACGCGAGGAGCCCGUGUAUAGAGAGACUCUGAGAGUGGAUUCGGAUGAAGAUCGCAAGCCACGGACGAUGGAGGAGAUGGAGAAUGAAGCGAAAUGGUUGCGGACGUUCUUCGUGGGCGACGAUGCACCACCACAGGACUGA